GGACGGCCUCUCACUGUCUCCCUCACCCGCCCCGCCCCGCGCUCGCUCACUGUCAUGGCGGCCCCGGCCGUCAGGAGGUGCGUGUCAGUCCUCGGCAAAGCUCCGGCCGCCGCUUUCCGGGCCUUGGGGGCUCGUUACUCGCGGGAAGGCGGCGGCGGCGGCGGCAGCAACAGGGCCGCCUGUCUGGCCUGUAACGUCACCCAGUAUCACCAGCACGUCAGGCUGCUGUCUUCCAGGAACCGCCCUGAAGGUAAAGUGUUAGAGACGGUUGGAGUGUUUGAAGCCCCAAAGCAACUAGGAAAAUAUGAAACCGGACAGUUGUUUCUACACAGCAUAUUUGGGUACAGAGGAAUAGUCCUGUUCCCAUGGCACGCCAGAUUGUAUGACCGUGAUGUGGCAUCCUGUAGCUCUGACAGUAAGACAGAAAGUGCAGAAGGAAGUCAAGGUUCAAAAGAAGUAAAAGGCAAAACACAUACAUACUAUCAAGUGCUGAUUGACACCAGGGACUGUCCUCAUAUUUCUCAGAGGUCACAGACAGAAGCAGUGACUUUUCUUGCCAACCACGACGACAGCAGAGCUCUCUAUGCAAUUCCAGGCUUAGACUAUGUGAGUCAUGAAGACAUUCUGCCAUACAGCUCCUCAGAUAGGAACCCCAUCCAACAUGAGUUAUUUGAAAGAUUUCUUUCCUACGAGCCUGCAAAAGCUCUGCCAUUUGCAGCCAGAGACACACUACGCGCCUGGCAAGAGAAGAACCAUCCCUGGUUAGAGCUGUCCGACGUACAUCGAGAAACCACAGAAAACAUCAGGGUUACUGUUAUACCUUUCUACAUGGGCAUGCGGGAAGCUCAGAAUUCCCACGUCUACUGGUGGCGAUACUGCAUCCGGUUGGAGAAUCUCGGCGCAGAAGUAGUUCAGCUUCGAGAACGACACUGGCGGAUAUUCAGCCUGUCUGGGACACUGGAGACGGUGCGAGGCAGAGGAGUGGUGGGCAGGGAGCCAGUUUUAUCGAAGGAGCAGCCAGCAUUUCAGUACAGCAGUCAUGUCUCAUUGCAGGCUCCCAGUGGCCAUAUGUGGGGUUCCUAUCGUUUGGAGAGAGCUGACAAGAGUUUCUUCGAUGUCCGUAUUCCACCGUUCUCCCUCGAAAGCAAGAAAGACGACUCUCCUAAUGGGUUCUUGCCAGGCCCAUUCACAUCCCUUAUCUGAUUGUGAAGUAGCCCUUUGCCCGUAGUGCACUUUAUAGCAACGGAAGCAAUGGAGGUGACGAGGGGGCCUCAGGGAAAUCGGUUUGAGCCAUUCCAAUCCAGUGGACUUUACUCCGUGGCACAGCAGUGCUGUCAGGCCAUCUCACUUGGACAUUAGAAGGUUGCACAUUGAGGAGGAGUAGUGCCCUUUUCAAUUAAAAAUCCAGGUUGAGGGUUAAGGUGCAUGCAGGUAAUACAAGGAUAAAUGUUUUGGCUCUGACUGCAUUUCUAUUAUAAUUGUACUGUCACCGGGACAUGGGACUAAAUUAUUAGGUUCCCAAUAUUUUAGUCCUUUUGGUGUAGCUGAAGUAAUUACAGCAGUGAUGGCCCCACUCCCAAGCUGAGAAAUUUGUGGUGUUAUUUCAAUUAAACUUUUUUGGGGAAAAGCAAAGAUUAGGCAAAUGUCAUAUGAAAGAUGUCCAUUGAUGACCCAGAACCCAUUGUUCAUAUUAUAGCAAUACAGAGAAAUCUGUCUGCUCGGAAUUGCCAAUGCGGGGCUCUUGUGUCAACAGUGGGGGGGGGUUGUAUCAGCGCAGACUUGUAUCAGCGCAGAUUGAUUGCAGGUUAAGCAGGACUGUGUUUGGAAGCAUGCCUCAGUUUGCACAGUGCCCAUGUAGUUAUUGCUUUGGGUUGGAGAGUGUGUGUGUGAGCCUUUGAUCUAUCAUUAUUAUUAUUAUCAUUAUUAUUAUUAUCCUUUUGUGUGAAGCCUCAACAAGCCAUGCUCCCACUAGUCUGAAGCUGAGUUCUGGCUGGGGCUCAGAAUUUAAGGCCAAAUACUUGACAAGAACCAGAUGCCUCAGGAAGAAGGAUCCUUGUCCACUGUCAACCUUGAGCAUUUACGCAAAGAGCAUUCUGUCUAACAGUGCGUUUAAUGCUGUGUUUUGGUGGUUGUAUUUCUGUUGUAGAAACCAAGUGAUUGAAAAAAAACACAAUCUCUGCACAAAAUGAUUACAAGGAGACUAAUGUCUCCCACAAACCCCUUCAAUUUCUCCGUGAGGGCACUGACGUGUGUUAGUGUACAGUAACUCCAGUACCUCUCAAGUGCCCAUUCUUUAUAUUCAGAGCUAGAGAGUGUCAGGUUGUUUGACCAAGGGAACAAAUCCUUCCUUUGACUUUUUCCAUACACCUACACUUUUUCAGCAGCUGCUUAGUGGCUAAGCUUUUUCUUCCUCACUUUCUCCCCCUCUCCAAUCACUGCAGGGACGCUGAGGCCAAACCUAAGCUAACACUCCAGUGCAGCGCUGGGUGGGUGUUGCAUUGUCAGAGAGACCCUUCGGAUGAGAUGUUAAAACAAAGUCCUGUCUGCCUGUUCCGGUGGACUUUAAAGAUCCCAUGGCACUAUUUGAAAUGAGAAGUAAAUCCUUCUCUCCUGGUGUUCUGGCCAACAAGUUCCCCAAAUAAAAUUGGUCAUACACUCCUUGGCUGUUUGUGGGAUA